AUGGACAAGCUGUCUCUGCUGGACAUGAGCGAGUUUGGGGAGGCUGCUCCGUACCUGCGGAAAAGCUACACGGAGCAGCUGAAGCUCCAGACCGUCCCGUUCGACGGGAAGAAGCGAGCUUGGAUCCCAGAUGAGAAAGAAGCCUAUAUCGAAGUGGAAAUAAAAGAAAGCUCUGGUGGCAAAGUCACUGUGGAAACCAAAGAUAAGGAAACACGGGUGGUGAAGGAGGACGAGGUGCAGCCCAUGAACCCCCCCAAGUUUGACAUGAUUGAGGACAUGGCCAUGCUGACACACCUCAACGAGGCCUCUGUGCUCUACAACCUGAAGCGCCGCUACUCCCACUGGAUGAUCUACACCUACUCGGGGCUCUUCUGUGUCACCAUCAACCCCUACAAGUGGCUGCCGGUGUACACGGCGCCCGUGGUGGCAGCCUACAAGGGCAAGCGGCGCUCGGAGGCCCCGCCGCACAUCUACUCCAUUGCUGACAACGCCUACAAUGACAUGCUCCGCAACCGUGAAAACCAGUCCAUGCUCAUCACCGGAGAAUCUGGUGCUGGUAAGACUGUAAACACCAAGCGGGUCAUUCAGUACUUUGCCAUUGUCGCAGCCUUGGGCGACACGCCGGGCAAGAAAUUAGCAGCUCUUGCCACUAAAACUGGGGGCACCCUCGAGGAUCAAAUCAUCGAGGCUAACCCAGCCAUGGAGGCUUUUGGCAAUGCCAAAACCAUAAGGAACGACAACUCCUCGCGUUUUGGCAAGUUCAUCCGGAUCCACUUUGGUCCCUCAGGGAAAUUGGCCUCUGCAGACAUUGACAUCUAUCUUCUGGAAAAAUCCAGAGUGAUUUUCCAGCAACCCAAAGAGCGGAGCUACCACAUCUUCUACCAGAUCCUGUCUGGGAAGAAACCAGAGCUGCAAGAUAUGCUGCUGCUGUCCCUCAACCCCUACGACUACCACUUCUGCUCCCAGGGGGUGACAACAGUGGACAACCUGGAUGACGGCGAGGAGCUGAUGGCCACAGAUCACGCCAUGGACAUCCUGGGCUUCAGCAGCGAUGAGAAAUACGGCUCCUAUAAAAUAGUGGGGGCCAUCAUGCACUUUGGGAACAUGAAAUUCAAGCAAAAGCAGCGGGAGGAGCAGGCAGAGGCUGAUGGCACUGAAAGUGCUGACAAAGCUGCCUAUCUCAUGGGAAUCAGCUCAGCUGAACUCAUCAAGGGGCUGCUCCAUCCUCGUGUCAAAGUGGGCAAUGAGUACGUGACCAAAGGGCAGAACGUGGAGCAGGUGCUGUAUGCUGUGGGGGCCCUGGCCAAAGCCACCUACGACCGCAUGUUCAAGUGGCUGGUGACACGCAUCAACAAGACCCUGGACACCAAGCUGGCCAGGCAGUUCUUCAUUGGGGUGCUGGACAUUGCAGGCUUUGAGAUCUUUGAUUUCAACAGCUUUGAGCAGCUGUGCAUCAACUUCACCAAUGAGAAACUGCAACAGUUCUUCAACCACCACAUGUUUGUCCUGGAGCAGGAGGAAUACAAGAAGGAAGGCAUUGAAUGGGUCUUCAUUGACUUUGGCCUGGACCUGCAGGCCUGCAUUGACCUGAUUGAGAAGCCCAUGGGAAUCCUGUCCAUCCUGGAAGAGGAGUGCAUGUUCCCCAAAGCCUCUGACAUGACCUUCAAGUCCAAGCUCUACGACAACCACAUUGGGAAGUCGCCCAACUUCCAGAAGCCGCGGCCGGACAAGAAGCGCAAGUACGAGGCGCACUUUGAGGUGGUGCACUACGCUGGUGUGGUGCCAUACAACAUCGUGGGGUGGCUGGACAAGAACAAGGACCCCCUGAACGAGACGGUGGUGUCCGUCUUCCAGAAAUCCCAGAACAAGCUCCUGGCCUCCCUCUAUGAGAACUAUGUGGGCUCUGCUUCAGAGGAACCUCACAAACCAGGGACCAAGGAGAAACGUAAGAAGGCAGCUUCUUUCCAAACAGUGUCCCAGCUGCACAAGGAGAACCUCAACAAGCUGAUGACCAACCUGCGCUCCACCCAGCCCCACUUCGUGCGCUGCAUCAUCCCCAACGAGACAAAGACCCCAGGAGCCAUGGAUUCCUUCCUGGUGCUGCACCAGCUGCGCUGCAAUGGGGUCCUGGAAGGGAUCCGCAUCUGCCGCAAGGGCUUCCCCAACAGGAUCCUCUACGCUGAGUUCAAGCAGCGCUACCGUAUCCUCAACCCAGCAGCCAUUCCAGAGGACAAGUUUGUGGACAGCAGGAAGGCCACAGAGAAGCUGCUGAGCUCCCUGGAGCUGGACCACGCACAGUACAAGUUUGGUCACACCAAGGUGUUUUUCAAGGCUGGUUUGCUGGGCUUGCUGGAGGAGAUGCGAGAUGAACGUCUGGCCAAGGUGCUGACAAUGCUCCAGGCCAGGAUCCGUGGGUUCCUCAUGCGUGUGGAGUAUCAGAAGAUCAUCAGCAGGAGGGAAGCCCUCUACACCAUCCAGUGGAACAUCCGUGCCUUCAAUGCUGUCAAGAACUGGUCCUGGAUGAAGCUGUUCUUCAAGAUCAAGCCUUUACUCAAGUCUGCUCAGACUGAGAAGGAGAUGUCCAACCUGAAGGAGGAAUUCCAGAAGCUGAAGGAGGCUCUGGAGAAGUCUGAGGCAAAGAGGAAGGAACUGGAAGAGAAGCAAGUCUCCAUGAUCCAGGAGAAGCACGACCUGGCUCUGCAGCUGCAGGCAGAGCAGGACAACCUGGCAGAUGCAGAGGAACGCUGUGACCUGCUCAUCAAGUCCAAGAUCCAGCUGGAGGCCAAGGUGAAGGAGCUGCAGGAGCGUGUGGAGGAUGAGGAGGAGAUGAGCUCGGAGCUCACUGCCAAGAAACGCAAGCUGGAGGAUGAGUGUGCAGAGCUGAAGAAGGACAUUGAUGACCUGGAGAUCACGCUGGCCAAGGUGGAGAAGGAGAAACAUGCCACAGAGAACAAGGUUAAAAACCUGAUUGAGGAGAUGGCUGGUCUGGAUGAGAUCAUUGCCAAGCUGACAAAGGAGAAGAAAGCCCUGCAAGAAGCUCAUCAGCAGGCCCUGGAUGACCUGCAGGCUGAGGAGGACAAGGUCAACACACUGACCAAAGCCAAGGUCAAACUGGAGCAGCAAGUGGAUGAUCUGGAAAGUUCUCUCGAGCAAGAAAAGAAGGUCCGCAUGGACCUGGAGAGAGCCAAGAGGAAGCUUGAAGGAGACCUGAAGCUGUCACAAGAGUCUGUGAUGGAUCUGGAGAAUGACAAGCAGCAGCUGGAUGAGAAGCUCAAGAAGAAAGACUUUGAGAUGAGUCAGCUGAACUCAAGGAUUGAAGAUGGGCAAGUGAUGGAGGCCCAGCUGCAGAAGAAGAUCAAGGAGGUCCAGGCCAAUGCAGAGAAGCUGUGCCGCACCUACGAGGACCAGCUGAACGAGGCCAAGGCCAGAGUGGACGAGCUGCAGCGGCAGCUGACGGACGUGAACGCGCAGCGGGGCCGGCUGCAGACUGAGAAUGACGCCAAGUGCUCCUCGCUGGAGAAGACCAAGCACCGGCUGCAGACCGAGAUCGAGGACCUGUCGGUGGAGCUGGAGCGCGCCAACUCGGCCUGCGCCGCCCUGGACAAGAAGCAGAGGAACUUCGACAGGAUCCUGGCAGAGUGGAGGCAGAAGCACGAGGAGAGCCAGGUGGAGCUGGAGGCGUCGCAGAAGGAGGCGCGCAGCCUGAGCACGGAGCUCUUCAAGCUCAAGAACGCCUACGAGGAGUCCCUGGACAACCUGGAGACCCUUAAGAGGGAGAACAAGAACCUGCAGGAGGAAAUUGCUGAUUUGACUGACCAGAUCAGUCUGGGAGGCAAAACCAUCCAUGAGCUGGAGAAGGUGAAGAAAGUGCUGGAAAGUGAGAAGAGCGAUAUCCAGGCAGCUCUGGAGGAGGCUGAGGGAGCCCUGGAGCACGAGGAGAGCAAGACCCUGCGCAUCCAGCUGGAGCUGAACCAGAUCAAGGCUGACAUGGACAGGAAGCUGGCAGAGAAGGACGAGGAGUUUGAGAACCUGAGGCGCAACCACCAGCGCGCCAUGGACUCCAUGCAGGCCUCGCUGGAUGCAGAGGCCCGGGCCAAGAACGAGGCUGUGAGGCUGAGGAAGAAGAUGGAGGGGGACCUGAAUGAGAUGGAGAUCCAGCUGAACCACGCCAACCGCCAGGCUGCCGAGUUCCAGCAGCUGGGCCGCCAGCUCCAGGCCCAGAUCAAGGACCUGCAGAUGGAGCUGGAUGACACCCAGCGCCACAAUGAUGACCUGAAGGAGCAGGUGGGGGCCCUGGAGCGCCGCAGCAACCUGCUGCUGGCAGAGGUGGAGGAGCUGCGGGUGGCGCUGGAGCAGGCCGAGAGGAACAGGAAACUGGCAGAGCAGGAGCUGCUGGAAACCACCGAGAGGGUCACCCUGCUCCACUCCCAGAACAUGGGGCUGAUCAACCAGAAGAAGAAGCUGGAGGCAGAUGUCUCCCAGCUGAGCGGCGAGGUGGAGGAUGCGGUGCAGGAGUGUCGCAACGCUGAGGAGAAGGCAAAGAAAGCCAUCACAGAUGCUGCCAUGAUGGCAGAGGAGCUGAAGAAGGAGCAGGACACGAGCGCACACCUGGAGCGCAUGAAGAAGAACAUGGAGCAGACCAUCAAGGACCUGCAGAUGCGCCUGGACGAGGCAGAGCAGAUUGCUCUCAAGGGGGGCAAGAAGCAGAUCCAGAAGCUGGAGGCCAGGGUGCGGGAGCUGGAGGGAGAGCUGGAUGGGGAGCAGAAGAAGAUGGCAGAGGCCCAGAAGGGCAUUCGCAAGUACGAGCGCAGGAUCAAGGAGCUGAGCUACCAGGCUGAGGAAGACCGGAAGAACCUGGCUCGGAUGCAGGACCUGAUAGACAAGCUGCAGAGCAAGGUCAAGAGCUACAAGCGCCAGUUUGAGGAGGCAGAGCAGCAGGCCAACUCCAACCUGGUGAAGUACCGCAAGGUGCAGCACGAGCUGGACGAGGCCGAGGAACGCGCCGACAUCGCCGAGAGCCAGGUCAACAAACUGCGCGCCCGCAGCAGGGACGUGGUCAUCUCCAAGCAUUAGGAGCCUGGCUGUCCUGUCCUGUCCUGUUCCAGCUGCUGCUGUAGGCUGGAGGCAAGUGGCUGCAACAGUCACUGUCAGCUUUGCAUUGCAUGAAUAAACGUAGAUUACCAGGACUGGCUGUGCUGUGUCACAGGGUAACCAGGGCCUGGCCUCUGCCCCUGGAGCAUUUCACAGGGAGGCACAGGCAGGAGAGAAGCUCAGUCCUCUCUCUCCCAGCUCUAUGGCCCUGGCUUGGGAUGGGUUUUGGGAAAAGAGCCCUUUCCUCAUCCCUCCCCACCAGAACACGUCUAACUGCAGGGGACCAGAACUGAGACAGACCUCAGCCACUAUUCCUGAAUACAUAAAGCCCCCUAUUACAGCCCUGGAGGGGGUUAUGGCUUGGGCAAAGGCACUGGAAAGAAAAGACACCUCCACUCAUUUCUUUAAAAUAGAUUUCUUUAAUAGUUUCCAUUUAAUAUGAUUAUUUGCAGUUAGCAAAUCGGCAUUAAUCAGGGCAGCACGAACCUCAGCAAUCCACGGGGACAGUGCACACUUCAGAGGUAUUUGUUAGUGCCAGGGGUCCCACCUCCCUCCCAGCCCACCUCCAUGGGCCUGGUCCCUCUCACCAUGAGGGUGUUGUGGCAUCUGGCAUGGACAGACAUCCCAAAGGAACGUGGCCCCAGCUGGGAUUUGCCUGUGGCCCUCUGUGCCCUGGGGCUGAGCCUUUUCCUGGAGCCCAGCUCGCUCCACCCCUGCAGGAGCUGCCAGCGGUUUCUGCCCUGUGCCCUUCUCAAUCAGCCCAAAAGCAAAGCCCAGCCUGUGCUGCCAGGCCUGGGAGGACCCCAGAGAUGGGGUGGGCUCAGCUCAGCUUCCCCCAGGCCCAGGGGCAAGGCCAGAGGCAGCUGGGCCCCAAACUGUCCUUAACACACAGAGGGGAGUGAGAGUGCAGGGUUACAGCAGCAAUCAGUGGAUGCACCCAUUAACUACACUAUGGAAAAGGCAUCCCUUAACUUAAAAGCCUUUUAAUUUGAAGCAUUUAUUUGAAGUGUACAUCUAUUACAGUUAAGAAGAAGCAAAGAUACACCAAAAACACAAAUACCCAAGAACAAAAAAAGUACAGAUGAGAAAGAAAUGAGCUGAGGGGAGGGAGGGGGUGACCUGGUGAGGAACAGAGGUGAAGCUGCCGUGGCAAGAAGCUCCCCAGGGUACCCUCACCAGAGCAGGGUGCAGCUCCCAGGGAGGGACACCAGGAGCUCCUGCAAGGCUCCAGCUUCAUGCACAAGCUCAGCAGCUCUGACCACCCUGUGAGCCCACAGCAGGACACUGAGGAGUGGUAGAAGAGAAAGGAGAAGGGAGAUGCUCAGAGACAGGUCCUACUCCUGGGGCUGCACCUCCUUCACUCCUCCAGCCCCAGCACAGGGAGCCUCAGGGUGGGUUUCAUGCUGCUGGCAACAACGAGACAAAAGGCUGCAGCUCUGGGACAUCCUCACCCCUCUGGAGCCUGGACAGAGCCGAAGUCAUCUCGUCAAAUAAAUUAGAAAAUGUUAAAAAAAUUCAGAUGAUGCAUUUCAAAACUGAUUUCUUUUAGCUGUAGCUGCAAGACAUGUUUCUGACUUAAAUGUAGUGGCUUAAGUGUAGUGUAUCUCAUUCCUGGGUAUUGGAAUGUGUUGGAGCAACAUGGUGUUGGUGAGCAGGCAGGGCACAUGCAGGUUUGGCAAUCGACUGCCAAAACCCCAUUCCCCCUUCCCAACAUAUCCUACAAAGUUACUUUCAACCAGGAGUGUUUAUUCCCAGCAUUUAACACAUUCUGAUUAAAACAGAUCCAGGAAAAAACGGACAU